UCUGUUCUGCACCUCAUUUAUGGUCGGUUAUGAAUAAUAAAAUUACAAAUAUUCUUCCAAAAGUAUCGAGAGUUGUUUAUUCUCAGAAUAAAAACGAGUCUAGACAAAAAGUGCUUUGCUUAUAUAAAAGAUUUCUGCGGAAAAUACCAAAUAUUAUUGAACUAUAUGCAAAUCUUCCUUUAACCUAUAAUGCGUACAGAAACAAAAUUCGAGAAGAAUUCACAAAAAAUAAAAGCGUUUCCGAUAUACGAGCUAUAGAUAUGCUUAUACAUAGAGGAGAAAAUGAUCUAGCAGAUUUGCUUAAUUUGUGGAAACAAGGAUGCCAUGUUAUGAAUUAUUUUAAAUAUACAGAAAAUCCUAAACCAAAAGAUUUUAUGGGCAAAUUUUUAUCAGGCAGCACGAGUUCAAUUCAAUAAAAUUACAAUAAAUCCUGAAUUUUAUUAAUUGUUAUAAAAAUAGCCAUUUAAACCCAUUAUUUAAAUAUAUAUAAACUAAUGUUAUAAAAAACUUUAUUCACUAUAUAUAAAUUUGAUAAAUAACAUUAGUUAAUUAUUUUGUUGGUAAUAGGCGUGAAAAUAAAUUAUCCAAUUA